GUACAGACUACAGAAGACACGCCAUCGGCAUGUCAAAGCUUCAUCAACUCUUAAACGCUUUAAAACACACUGAAAAAUGUCACACAGACCGAUUGAAAUUGAAAAGGAAGAGAAGAAGAAGAAGAAGAUCAUCUGAAAAUGGCGCCAGAUUCAGAAAGCGAUCGUUCAUCACCAGACAUCUUCAUACCUGACGAAUGGUCUAACACAGCCGACGCCAUAGCCAAUUGCUCCGUUGAUUCGCCAAUUGCUUUUGUAUGUGGCCCGAAAAAUAGCGGGAAAACCACCUUCUCUCGUCACCUACUCAAUGUUCUUCUCCAGAGGCACAAAAAAGUGGCGUACCUCGACACUGAUGUUGGGCAGACGGAGUUUACUCCACCUGGUCUGCUAUCACUAACUAUUGUCGACAAGAUAACGCCAGAUUUGACUAUUCCAUGCUUGAAAACACCCGAGAGAUGCUUUUUCUUUGGCGACAUCUCCUCAAAAAGGGACCCCGUUAUCUAUUUGUCUUACAUAUCGGCCCUCUAUGACCACUAUCUGAAAGAAUAUUGCACUGAUAACAAGACGAAAUUCCAGGGUACUACUACGAGCUUGCCACUUGUCAUAAAUACCCCUGGCUGGGUAAAAGGUAUUGGCUAUGAACUACUGGUCGGCAUGCUAAAACAUAUGUCUCCUACACACGUGGUCAAGAUUCGGAUAUCCUCUGAAAGCAAGAACUUGCCUCGGGGGGCAUUUUGGUCAAAUGAGGUGAAUAAUGAUUCUGUGUGCGUCAUCGAGAUCAAUGCUGCUCGUCAGGACCAUUUAAAGAGAUCGGUGCUGGUACAAAAGGAUGCACGACUUUUACGAGAUAUGCGUCUAAUGUCUUACUUCAGACAAUGCUUACCUAGCGAUAUGACUAUCUCCACGCUGAAGGAACUUACUCGUGAAUUAUGUGCUCUCCAUCCUUAUGAAGUUAAGAUAUCGAAUGUCGAAAUUAAGCACCUUCACAGCCAGGUACCGGUGUCUGAAAUAUUCGGCAGUUUGAAUGCAACUAUCGUUGGACUGGCAGUCAGUUCAGUGUCUGAGAAAUGGCCUCAAUGUGUCGGUUUGGGGAUUGUGAGAGCUGUAAACGGCCCUUCCAAAGGGGUAAUCUAUGUUUUAACUCCGGUUCCACAGAAGGUUCUAGAAGAUGUGGACCUAUUACUCAUGGGAUCUAUUCAAACUCCUACUGCUCUACUGCUGGCACCGGGUUGUGUUUCUCCGUACAUGUCGGCAAAUGUAGUCCCUUAUAUUUAAGAGAUUGAAGUGAUGAGCAUUUUCCGUUUCUUGAAAUUGAGGAUAUUAACCGGUUUCUGGUACUUACUAAUAUGCUACAUUUUAUUGCAUUUUAAUGGUUAGAAAAGAUAAUAUACUAUUUGAUUUGCAUAUGUUUAUGCAUUUUAAACGUAUUAAUAUGUUAUGGAGAAAGACUUUUGACAAUGUGCAUUAUGUGAGGAACAACUAAUUUUAUGUAGUACUUGUGUUGUAACCUAUUUUAUGUGAGAAGAUUAUUGUUACUAU